CGGCACAUCUCCAGAGGGCCCGGGCAGCCCGACCAUUGAUUGCAUCUGGAAGCUACUGUGAACCUCUUAGGGUCCUGCUCCAACAACGCAACGACCCCCAACCACGAGAUCCAACCCAGCACGCUGACACUGACGAGGUUCGACAACCGCACCAGCGUCGUUCGUAUCGUGUGCGGAAGACGAUGCUGGGCGCUCCUGGCCCCUAACCACUGCUGCACUACAUCCACAAGUCCCGAGUUCGAGCAUAUCGUGCGUCGACGAUGGAGGCGAAACAAAAACUCGAGUCCCUCCUGGACGAGCUCUCGAACGCCAAAAACUUUCCCAGGCUAUCCGCGGCGGUGCAAGAUGUCGAUCAGGUCAUCCAGUUGCUCAGUGACGCCCGGGAUCAAAUCGCCGGAGCGAUGGACCCUCACAUCGCGAGCCUCACCAUGACGAUGCUGCAAAACCCCGUCAAGUUCGCCUUUGAAAAAGUAAACAAUGACCUCAAGGCGGCGUCGUCGGCGCACAAGAAGGUGGGAAAGUUACUAGACAAGUACUUCCCUCUAAAACAGCUACCGACGGAAAAUGACACCAUGGGGGACCACCUGCCUCUUAUCAACCGCGCCAUCGCCAUGCACCUGUUGCGGGAGGGCCAGUUCUCGGUUGCGUCGACCUUCAUAAGCGAAGUCCAAGGCGGAAGCCCACAAACACGCUCGACCGGAUUCGACGAGCCUAUGGACGAGGAUGAUGAAGAUGACGACGACGACGACGAUGACGACGAUGACGAGGAGACGGGUGAGGGGGACGGGCAGGAACAGGGGAAGGAUAGUCACCGAGCAAACGCAACCGGAAGCCCAGCAGCCCACGCGGACGAAUAUGACCUGUCGUCCCUCCACUCCCAAGAGCUCCAGGACAAGUUCGCCCAGAUGUACACAAUUCUGCAGCAUAUCAAGGCCAAGAACUUGCUACCCGCCAUUGAAUGGGCACGCGCGAACUCGGCCGAGCUGGAAGCCCGUGGCAGCAACCUGGAGUUUGAGCUUUCCAAGCUCCAAUACGUCUGGCUCUUCGAAGGCCCCGCCGUCAACAACCUUCCCGACGACGAGCACAACGGCCGCGCCGGCGCACUCGCCUACGCCCGCCAGCACUUCGGCCGCUUCCAAGCCCGUCACCUGCGCGAGAUCCAACAGCUCGCUUCGGCCAUGGUCUUCGCCCCGAACCUCCGGGAUUCCCCCUACCACAACACUUUCGCCAUCUCCGACGCCUUCACCGACCUCGCGACUUCCUUUACCCGCGAGUUCUGCAGCCUGCUCGGCCUCUCUGCCGAAUCGCCGCUCUACCUCGCCGUCACCGCAGGCGCCCUCGCGCUGCCCCGCCUGAUGAAGUACAUGCUCGCGACCCGCUCCAAGGGCACCGAGUGGACCUCGGCAGACGAGCUGCCGUUUGAGACGCCGCUGCCGGAGAGCAUGCUGUUCCACAGCAUCUUUGUGUGCCCCGUGUCCAAGGAGCAGACCACCGAGGACAACCCGCCCAUGGUGAUACCCUGCGGCCAUAUGCUAGCAGAGGAGACGCUCAAGAAGCUGGCCAAGGGGACCAAGGGGACCCGGUUCAAGUGUCCGUACUGUCCGAGCGAAGCCUCGAUCAAGGACGCCCGGAGGGUGAUCUUGUAGGAUGCUGUGCACUCGACGGGGAGCGGCGGGGGUGGGAGGGGAAAAAACGGAGUAGGAGGACGGGAGGGAGCAACUCGAUCAUUAACCGGCCCAACAUCCCAACGAUCUGGCGUUCUAGAGGAUGUUGGGGCCGAUAUCAUUAGCGAUGACGGCGG